UGGUAUAAAUGUUGCGGCCUACACCACUACGGCAUCAGUCGAUAACAUUGUUGAGCAGUGGCACUUAUUAAAGCUACCGGCGAAACUGUGAUCAGUAAUUCAGUAUUUCUGCAAAAUUAGAUUACUUUGACUUGUGCAAGUCGAAAUAAAACGCGUAAAAAUGUCAGUCUAUCCGUUUUUCAUUGAAUACGAGCGUCCACGUACUCGUCGUUUGAUGGACCAACACUUCGGCUUGGGGUUGACUCCUCAGGACUACUUGACAAUACUUGCAGUACCGCAAACUACCAGAGACUACUGCAGGCCCUGGCGGAAUCUUCAGGCAGCAGAUCGUGAUGUGGGAUCUACUAUUAAACAGGAUAAAGAUAAAUUCCAAGUAAACCUAGAUGUCCAACAUUUUUCUCCUGAAGAGAUUUCUGUAAAGACUGCAGAUGGAUUUUUAAUUGUUGAAGCUAAACAUGAAGAACGUCGAGACGAACAUGGUUUUAUUUCAAGGAGUUUCACGAGGAAGUAUGCUCUGCCUGAAGGUAUUGAAGCUGAUAUGGUGAUGUCGAAGCUGUCUUCAGACGGUGUCCUUAGCAUCACAGCACCAUUGAAAGUACCUCCAAAGAACUCUGAUGAGAGAAUUGUGCCUAUAGUCCAAACUGGACCUGUCAAGAGGCAAGGUGAAGAGGAACGAUCAUAAUUAUAUUAUGUUUUCGGCAUUUAAGGUUUGGUUGUAUUGUGUUAAUUGCGUUUUGUAUGAUUGUAUGAACUUUACUUUUAAGAAUUAAUUAAAUUUCAAUCUAGUCCUCUA